AUGAGACUACUACCUGCGCCAUUACAAAUGGAAAUUUGCUACGACCUUAACGCUGUACCUCUCUACAGUUCUUUAAUAUUCAGAAAACUCCCGGAAGCAUUCCUUAGAAGACUGUCAGUUACUAUGACUCACCAGUUUUAUUUACCUGGUGACAUUGUUUAUAAUCAAAAUCAAAACAAGACUAUUAUGAUUUGUAUCACGAGUGGUGUCUUAGAAUUAUUAUCUGAUGAAGAUGAUGAAAGUCCGAUGAUUUCGUUUGCAAAAGGAACGUGUUUUGGAGAGAUUUCACUGGUAUAUAACAUACCUGAUAUAAUAACGAAAAUACGAAACGAAAUCCAAGAAAGAAUAUCUGAUAGUCGUAGAAGAAAACAAGAACAAAACAAUCAAAAUCCUUUGUCACUGAACAUAUACGCCUCUAAGCAUCGGAAAAAGAGCGCCAUAAAAUGUUUAAAAGAGAAGUUACGGACAAAGUACCAUAUACUCACUGCUAUUUAUUUUGCAACAACGACAUUGCUGUCUGUUGGAUUUGGAGAUUUCGCACCUGGAGACCAGUUCGACAUGGCGUUUAUUGCUUUUUUGAGUUUAUAUGGAGUUCUUCUCACUGGUUACUGCGUAUCUGAAUUUUCUGCUGUUGUCACCCAUUGGUCUCGAACGAAAACAGCUUUCCUAGAAGUGAUCAUCACGAUAGACAGAUUUAUGAAAGAGAAUAAUAUGCAUCCGGCUAUUAAAUCAAGAAUAAUGGCUUUCUACGAGUUGCAAUGGCAGUACAAUUCGGGCGUAGAACUAACGGGAGAAAAUUGGCUUGAAAGAACAGUGGUGCCUUCAGAGCUUCGAAAGAAAGUUCUUCAUCAAGCAAGAUUUAAAACGCUGACUUCAAUUAGAUUCUUUCAAGUGAAAAAUAAAGCGUUUAUUCAUACGCUAACAGAAAAUGGUCAU